GGUUGACGGAUUUGUCCCCCUUAUUCGGGCUACCCGUGAUGGCGCAAUGAGUAAUGUGUUUGCCUACUCAACUUUGGGACACGCCGUAGUCUUGGUUUAAACCCGGGCGUAGACUCACUUUGUUUCAUACUAGGACUCAGCCCUCUAAGGCAAUGUUUAGCAACUUAUAUAUCGGAUGGACAACAACAUUGUGGAUUGAACUACAGCAUCGUUUAGAAAUCGUACUUGUUUUGGUGCUCAAGAUGGGCAUCUAUAGAAUUGUGACCUGUGUUUGUCUUGAGGAUUAACGUCUGUUUCGCUUGGCCUGUGCCAAAGGGAGGCAGCGGUCUGUCGGACGGAAAAGCGCCCAGCUACACAUAGUAUACCGACUUUUGUUUGCUGUUGGACUGGAGUGACGAUCAAACUGACGUGCAUGGGAAACUUCGAAAUAGAGGUUUCUUUUUUAAAAUAGAUGUGACAACACAGGACGUUUAUCUUCGACCAUGACGGAACACGACACGACUAGCAUAAAGGAAAUAUUGGCGUACUGUCAAGUUUGUGAAGAAGACUGUUGGUUCGAGAGUAGGCGGGCCGAAUAGCUGCUAAAGUAUCCAUGACAGAUGGCGAGGAGGCGAUCCCCACCGUAUUACACUUGGAACACGUCUCGGUUGCAAGCGGCCUCGUCUAGAUAUUUUAUCAGCACUGAUAACAAUUGACAUUUGAGACUGAUGAUACAGUAUGAUUCUGGCGAUUGUUUAGUUUCAGACCGUGACAAAAAUGACUUAGUCGUUUCGAAGCGUGAAUUUAUACAAGGAAACUGCGUAAAUUGCUUCCUCCAUUCAUUAAAUCUGUCGCGGCCGCUGUGCAUAUGUCGGUGCAUAAAUAGUGUGUAUAAAGAAAAGUUGCUCCUAUUUAAUAAAAGGAUUAAGCGAACAAAAUGGCAAAUAACCUUGAUGAAAAUUUACGACCCACAUUGAAUCAACAGGACGUUGAGUUCGUUCUUGAGGACCAGUUUGGUAUAUCAAGAGAUCGUGUCGAUUCUGUAAAACUGCUCGCCGGUUACGAUGACCAGAACUUCUAUGUUAAGCUAAAACCGGACGGUAGAGAGGUGCUGCUGAAGAUUACAAACUGGCGAGACAGUGAAAACGUUCAGCUUAUUGGUGAGAUGACCGAGUUAAUGUGCCAACUAGGGAAAUCUGUACCAUGCUCAGUCCCGCUGCAAACGAAAACUGGUUCUCCUCUUGGCCGCUACGUUUACCAGGAUAGCGAGAACCACAGGAGAGAAUGUAUCGUUCGCCUAUUCAACUUUCUUCCCGGCAAAAUUAUGACACCGGGUACUAUAACCCGUUCUCAAGCGUUCCAAUGGGGAGAUCUCCUGGGACGGAUGCACUUAGCACUCGACAGUAUGGAGUUUCCGACGAUUUCUGAGCGGACCUUUAUUUGGGCUUGGGAAGGGGUGCCUCAGGUGAAGCGCUACCUGGACGUUGUAUCUGACCAAGAUAGAAAAGAUUUAGCGCAGCAUUUCUUCGAUAAGUACGAGUAUGAGAUGUUGCCCCGAAUGAGGCAAUUAAAACGAGAUCUGAUACACGGGGACCUAAACGAACGUAAUGUGUUGACGAAUGCCGCCGGAGAAGUUUACGCUGUUCUCGACUUCGGCGACUGUCACGGCGGCCCAAGGGCGUGGGACCUCGCUCUGGUGCUCGCUUACCUUAGUCUCAUGUUGCCCGACAUCCAACGUGAUCUCGUCAAUUAUCUCGGGGAUGCGAUCUCCGGAUACGCAAAACAUAUGCCAAACGUUGUAAGAGAUACUUGCGAUGUGGAAACGCUUAAGACUCUGAUCUGUACUAGGCUGUGCCAAUCGCUGGUGCUUGGGUUACAGUCAUUCAAAGUCAAGUGUGACCCGUAUGUGUUAACCACGCAAAAAAAAGGAUGGUUCGUGCUGCGCCAGCUCCACUCGGAGACUCGACAAAAUAUUACGGACGUAUGGAAUAAGCUGCUUAAGCCCUACGGAAUGAUGCUUAAGGAAACAGCACACUGAUACGGCGCGUCUUGAUACGUCCAUUGAAAAUUAAAAUGCAUUCAGGCAAAAUAACAGGAAAGCAUGGUAAAAAUGCGAUGUGUACAGCAAUUAAUUCCAUAUCGUAUGAAACCAUUUCUAAUUUUAACGCAAAUAAAUAUAACAAAAAUCUAAGUAAGUGUUUGUAUCAAAGUCAAAUAAAGUUAUGACUUUCAAAACAUAGGAA